UCGGCGGCCAUCUUGUCCGCGCGCGGCUCCCGCGGCGGGAGGGGCGGCGUCGGGCCGGAAACGGCAGUGUGGCGGCUCGCCACCUCCUCAGAUUCACAUUAUGUAUGUUAAUGAGCAAGAACCCAUCCGUAUUGUGUGUCAGAUUUCUUCAGGAUGGCUAUAGACUCAUUGCCUUUUCCAGGACUUCUUUAUGCUGUACAACCUGUGCAGUAGCACCAGCCUACCAUUUAGAAUGGCUAGUCGUUUAAAGUUCUAUUGGGAAUUCUUGACAUUUUCAUUUUACACUGGGUCCUGUAAAUUGGGUAGCUGAUCCUUUCUACAGCGCUUGUCUAAGAUGGAAGCCGACAGACCUGGCAUAUGAACCACACCAUCUGUUCUUGACUUCAUUCGCUCGCAAAACGAGGAAGAUUUAUUAGUUCCUUUCUAACUCAAAAGUUCUGUGGUUUCGUAUGCGUUACUGUCAUGAUUUUGUGGACAGUGGCAGUGUUUUACAAGCAUAGCGUCAGAAUGCUGAUUGGUUCUUCCCCGAGAAUCAUUGAAUGGACCUGACUGGACGUUCUGAGCCCAUCCAUAAACAUGAGCGGUACAAAGCCAGAUAUCUUGUGGGCACCCCACCAGGUUGAUAGAUUUGUUGUAUGUGACUCAGAACUGAGCCUUUAUCAUGUGGAAUCGGCUGUGAAUUCAGAACUCAAAGCUGGAUCAUUACGUUUGUCUGAAGACUCUGCAGCUACAUUACUAUCAAUAAAUUCAGAUACACCCUAUAUGAAAUGUGUUGCGUGGUAUCUCAAUUAUGAUCCUGAAUGUCUCCUAGCAGUUGGACAAGCAAAUGGUCGAGUUGUACUUACAAGUCUUGGUCAAGAUCAUAAUUCUAAGUUUAAAGAUUUGAUAGGAAAAGAAUUUGUCCCAAAACAUGCUCGACAGUGCAAUACCCUUGCAUGGAAUCCACUGGAUAGUAACUGGCUUGCUGCCGGUCUAGACAAGCACAGAGCUGACUUUUCAGUUUUAAUAUGGGAUAUCUGCAGCAAAUAUACUCCUGAUAUUGUUCCCAUGGAGAAAGUGAGACUUUCAGCAGGUGAAACUGAAACAACAUUGUUAGUAACAAAACCAUUGUACGAGUUGGGGCAAAAUGAUGCUUGUCUGUCUCUUUGUUGGCUUCCAAGAGACCAGAAACUUCUCCUUGCUGGCAUGCAUCGUAACCUAGCCAUAUUUGAUCUUCGGAACACAAGCCAGAAGAUGUUUGUAAAUACAAAAGCUGUUCAAGGAGUGACAGUAGACCCAUACUUCCAUGAUCGUGUUGCUUCCUUCUAUGAAGGUCAAGUUGCAAUAUGGGAUCUUAGAAAAUUUGAGAAACCAGUUUUGACUUUGACUGAGCAACCAAAGCCCUUGACAAAAGUAGCAUGGUGUCCAACUAGGACAGGUCUACUUGCCACUUUAACAAGGGAUAGUAAUAUUAUUAGGCUGUAUGACAUGCAGCAUACACCCACUCCCAUUGGGGAUGAAACUGAACCUACAAUAAUUGAAAGAAGUGUGCAACCUUGUGACAAUUACAUUGCUUCCUUUGCAUGGCAUCCAACAAGCCAAAAUCGAAUGAUAGUUGUGACACCCAACCGAACAAUGUCUGACUUCACUGUUUUUGAAAGGAUAUCUCUUGCCUGGAGCCCAAUUACAUCUUUAAUGUGGGCCUGUGGUCGUCAUUUGUAUGAAUGCGCAGAAGAAGAAAGUGAUAAUUCCCUAGAAAAAGAUAUAGCAACAAAAAUGCGCCUCCGGGCUUUAUCAAGGUACGGACUUGAUACAGAACAGGUAUGGAGAAACCACAUUUUAGCUGGAAAUGAAGACCCACAGCUGAAGUCACUCUGGUACACUCUACACUUUAUGAAGCAGUAUACAGAAGAUAUGGAUCAAAAAUCUCCAGGCAACAAAGGAUCAUUGGUUUAUGCAGGAAUUAAAUCAAUAGUAAAAUCAUCUUUAGGGAUGGUGGAAAGCAGCAGACAUAAUUGGAGUGGCUUGGACAAACAAACUGAUAUUCAGAACUUAAAUGAAGAGAGGAUUUUAGCGUUACAGCUUUGUGGGUGGAUAAAGAAAGGAACGGAUGUAGAUGUGGGGCCGUUUUUGAACUCUCUCGUGCAAGAAGGAGAAUGGGAAAGAGCUGCUGCUGUGGCUUUGUUCAACUUGGAUAUUCGGCGAGCAAUCCAAAUCCUGAAUGAAGGGGCAUCUUCAGAAAAAGGAGAUCUGAAUCUCAAUGUGGUAGCAAUGGCUUUAUCAGGUUAUACGGAUGAGAAGAACUCCCUUUGGAGAGAGAUGUGCAGCACACUACGAUUGCAGCUCAACAACCCCUAUCUGUGUGUCAUGUUUGCAUUCCUGACGAGUGAAGCAGGAGCUUAUGAUGGAGUUUUGUAUGAAAAUAAAGUUGCAGUACGUGACAGAGUGGCAUUUGCUUGUAAAUUCCUUGGUGAUACUCAGUUAAAUAAAUACAUUGAAAAGCUGACCAACGAAAUGAAAGAGGCUGGAAAUUUGGAAGGAAUCUUGCUUACAGGCCUCACUAAAGAUGGAGUGGACUUGAUGGAGAGCUAUGUGGAUAGAACUGGAGAUGUCCAGACGGCAAGCUACUGCAUGCUACAGGGUUCACCUUUAGAUGUUCUUAAAGAUGAAAGGGUUCAAUAUUGGAUUGAGAAUUACAGAAAUUUAUUAGAUGCCUGGAGGUUUUGGCACAAACGAGCUGAAUUUGAUAUUCAUAGGAGUAAGUUGGAUCCCAGUUCCAAGCCUUUAGCUCAGGUAUUUGUGAGUUGUAAUUUUUGUGGCAAGUCAAUCUCCUACAGCUGUUCCUCAGUGCCUCAUCAGGGCAGAGGCUUUAGUCAGUAUGGUGUGAGUGGCUCACCAACAAAAUCCAAAGUCACAAGUUGCCCUGGCUGCCGAAAACCCCUUCCUCGAUGUGCACUUUGCCUCAUUAAUAUGGGAACACCUGUUUCUAGCUGUCCUGGUGGAUCCAAAUCGGAUGAAAAAGUGGACUUGAGCAAGGACAAAAAGUUAGCUCAGUUUAAUAAUUGGUUUACCUGGUGUCACAAUUGUCGUCAUGGUGGGCAUGCUGGACAUAUGCUUAGUUGGUUCAGGGACCAUGCAGAGUGCCCUGUGUCUGCAUGCACGUGUAAAUGUAUGCAGUUGGAUACAACAGGAAAUCUGGUACCAGCAGAGACUGUCCAGCCAUGAAAUGUUACAUCUAAAGAGAAAGUUUUUAAUAGCUGUCCUUCAUAAUUCAGAAACAUACCUCAGAACAAGUCACUCAUGACGUUAUUACAAUGGGAAAAUAAAUCAUUCUGUCCUAUCAGCAAUUUGAUGUUUGAGGGAUUUGAUGUGCUUCUUAGAGGCAGAUGCUGCUGAAAUAAACAUAAGAGCGUGAAUAUGAGUGCUGUGCAGUAGGUUAAAGUUCAUUUGAAACAACCUUCUAGGGUUUUGUCAACUAUAAAUGUGUAUAUAGAAGAUUUAGAAUAAAAACAGACAUUGUGUCUGCAUCUUCAAUCUGAA